UGGCGUGACUGGGCUGGGUUUUCCCCCCUUCGGCUCUUGUAUCACUAAGAAUCUGGCAGCCAGCUCCGUCCUGACAGAGUUUACUGCAUAUAUUGGUGGGUUCUUGUCCAUAGUGCAUCUGCUUUAAGAAUUAACGAAAGCAGUGUCAGGACAUUAAGGGUUCAAAGCAUUUGCCAAAAAUGAAUGUAGGUGUGUUUACUCUCCUCUUGGUAUUAAUCGGUGGUGUCAGCAGCCAGUACUACGAGGAUUAUGACUUCCCCCUGUCGAUUUACGGGCGAUCAUCACCAAACUGUGCACCAGAAUGCAACUGCCCUGAAAGCUAUCCAACUGCCAUGUAUUGUGAUGAGCUGAAACUGAAGAGCGUGCCAAUGGUGCCUCCUGGAAUCAAGUACCUUUAUCUCAGAAAUAACCAGAUUGACCAUAUUGAUGAAAAGGCCUUUGAAAAUGUAACUGAUCUGCAGUGGCUCAUUCUAGAUCAUAACCUUCUAGAAAAUUCCAAGAUAAAAGGAAGAAUUUUCUCUAGGCUGAAACAACUGAAGAAACUGCAUAUAAAUUACAACAACCUGACCGAGUCUGUGGGCCCUCUUCCCAAGUCGCUGGUGGACUUGCAGCUUACUCACAACAAGAUCAACAGGCUGGGCUCUUUUGAUGGACUGGUGAACCUGACCUUCAUCCACCUUCAGCACAACCAACUGAAAGAGGAGGCUGUUUCAGCUGCUUUUAAAGGUCUUAAGUCACUCGAGUACCUUGACUUGAGCUUCAAUCAGAUUACCAAACUGCCUUCUGGUCUCCCAGUAUCUCUUCUAACUCUCUACCUAGACAACAAUAAGAUCAGCAACAUCCCUGAUGAGUAUUUCAAGCGUUUCCCUGCACUUCAGUAUCUGCGUUUAUCCCACAAUGAUCUGGCGGACAGUGGGGUACCAGGAAAUUCUUUUAAUGUAUCAUCCCUGCUCGAGCUGGAUCUCUCCUAUAAUAAACUGAAAAAUAUACCAACUGUCAAUGAAAACCUUGAAAACUAUUACCUGGAGGUCAAUGAACUUGAAAAAUUUGAUGUAAAGAGCUUCUGUAAGAUCCUGGGACCAUUAUCCUACUCCAAGAUCAAGCAUUUGCGUCUGGAUGGCAAUCGUCUCACCCAGACUAGCCUGCCACCUGAUAUGUACGAGUGUCUACGUGUAGCUAAUGAAAUCACCGUUAAUUAAUAUCUACUAAUUCUGACUGUAUCCUGGAGCAACAUUUCACGUUUAUGUUUUUUUGUGUGUCAGUUUUCACGGUAUUCAUUUUCUGUUGCUGUUUUUUUACUUCCAUGAAUUUAAAUUCUUAGGGAAAAUGUUUUGUAAACAUUUUGCAACUUUUUAAAAAAGAAAAGAUGAAAGGCAGGCCUAUUUCAUCACAAGAACAGAUACAUACACACAUAUACAACAAACUUAAUGCUUUAUUUGUAAAUUUAGUGUUUUCUACAUCUCUACUGUCAAAUGAUGUGCAAAGCCUUUUACUCACUGCAUAGAAAUCAGCCAAGUUUUGUAAUUCCUAAAUCUUUACUUAAUGUGCCAAAAAAGCAUGGAAUACAUACAUAUGGAUAUUUACUGUCUUAAAUCAAUUCUCUCAAUGUUCAUGUUUCAGAUUUCAAUGUUCAAAUCUAUUUAGCUGAAAAAUAGGUAGUAAAUUCGAGACCAAUGAUUUUGCAGAAUACUAGACAAGAUUUAUGAAGCUACAUAUGCUUAAAGAAGUAUUUUUAGUAAUAAGAAUUUAUAGUUACCUAGUGAAACAUUUCUUUCCUAGAAUUACUUUUCACUCUAAGUCAUGUGUAUGUUUCUUUUUAAUUAUUUGCAUGUUAUGUUUAACAAGCUAAGAGCAAAAUAAAACAUAGCAAAUUGCA